AUGGCACAGGUCACACUACUUCUUGAACCCGAUGCUGAACUGGCUCACAAGGACCGAAUCGAGGGCGACGCCUCAGCCGCGUCUAUUCCAGCGUCUGCUGAUAACGACAAUUUUACUACUGCCGAUUUUGAGAUUCAAGUGCCUAGCUUUCUUCCUGAUGGAUACGGCCGCGUCUUCCACCCUCAAAUUCUCCUACACGCCAUUAUUGCCUAG